GAUAUCAAAAUUCAAAUGAAAAUCAGCUGUAUUUAAAAUAAUAUAUAAAUUAUAAUAUUGUGAAAUAAAGAGCAAUAUAAUUUUAACGCUUAUCAUAUUGUUCUUGUCUAGUAAAUAUAUGUUCUAAGGUUCACGUGUUAAGUGAAGAUAACAAUACGUUUUGAAAACUAUUCUAAACUAUUCAAAAUUGAUAAACACUGUGAUUACAUACGUAGAUAAAGGCUGUGAAACCACAAAAAUAUAUUUUUAGUUGACUUAUUUGGUGAUACGUAUAUAAAUGUGAUAUCAUUAGAAAUAAUUAAAACAUAGUUGAGUGUAGAAGUUAAAGAAACAAAUACUAUUUUUAACAUUCAUAGGAAGUAAAACAGUUAUAAUAAAAUUAUAUAUUGCUAUAUAAAAACUUUGAGGCAUAAUAAGGUUAAUAUGGAUACUUUUCAAGGAGUUGUAGAUAGAUAUAACGGGGUCACAGUGGACACUCGGGAAGAACCUUAUAACAGUGAACAAUUCCAUAACAAACUAAUAGAUUCUAUACAAAAAUGGAAUGCAGAAAACAGGAGAUGUAUUUGGUUCAAAGUUGAUAUCAAAGAUGCAGCUUGUGUGCCGAUUUUAGCUGAUCAAGGCUUCAACUUCCAUCAUUCCAGAGACAGUUUCGUCAUGAUGUACAAAUGGCUGCCGACAAAUUCUGUUUCUAAUUUACCACCCGCCUGCCACACCAAUCUCGGUGUUGGUGGUAUCGUCCUGAAUGACAACGAUGAAAUACUUGUCGUCAGAGAAUUACAUAUUAACUAUCCACAUUGGAAGCUUCCUGGCGGUUAUGUUGAACGAGGCGAAGACAUAAAAGACGCUGCAGUCAGAGAGAUCAAAGAGGAAACGGGUGUGGACGCGACGUUUGAAACAAUGGUAACACUGAGACACGCUCACAGAAUGAUGUUUGGCAACUCUGACGUAUACGUCGUUGUCAAACUGAAAGCUACGUCCACGGAAAUAAACAAAUCCGACAUAGAAAUAAAAUCCUGUAAAUGGAUGAAAAUUGAUGAAUAUAUGAACCAUCCACAUGUUCACGAAUUCAAUCGUUCGGUCGUGCAACAAGCGCUGGAUCUGGACACGCGGAAGAUCAAGUUGAACCUUGUCAAGACGAACCACGCCGUUAUAAACAAGGAAAUCACCAUUUUACGUAUAGAGGAUAAAGAGGAAUGAUAUAUUAUUAAUAUACAUGUAUAUAUUUUAUUGAAUAAAUCAAUCAAUGGAGCUAUAUUUAAAUAUAAACCGUUUUAUAAUUUAA